AUGUCAAGUGGCGAGCCCACAGUUUUGAUGAGCCUUUACGUCUAUGCUCCCAACAAAGUCGCGCCAAUUGUCUUCACAGUCGCUUACGGUAUUUCGGCCAUCGGCCAUGUCUGGCAAUGCUACUAUUACAAAUGCUUUAAAGUUGUUGGGCUCCAACCCCUUUGCGCGGUUCUGUUUACCGCAGGUUAUGCCAUGAGAGAAUAUGGAGCCUACAAUUACUUAUACAGUACCCCAAACCUGAUCGUCUUCAUUAUGAGCCAGGUCUUCAUAUAUGUCUCACCUCCACUGCUUGAACUUGCGAAUUAUCAUGUCCUCGGUCGCAUAUUCCACUAUGUCCCUCAUCUAUCACCAUUCCCUCCAGGGAAAGUUCUCAGAGUAUUUGGUGCCUUCAUGGCCGUUGUCGAGGCUUUAAACUCUCUAGGCGUCUCCUUAUCCUCGAAUCCAUCCUCCUCCCACACUACGCAAGAAUUAGGCAGUCGCCUGAACACAGCAGCGCUCUCGAUGCAGCUGGCAGCUAUCCUCACCUUUGUCGCUCUUGCCAGCAUCUUCCAUCUUCGUUGUUACAGGAACAAAAUCCUGGUGAGAGCUGUCAGGACGCCUCUGAACACGCUCUAUGUUAGCAUGGCUUUGAUAUUUGUCCGAUGCAUCUAUCGGCUAGUAGAGCAUUUAGGUGCGACGACUGUGGACCUCAGCGAUCUCGAAAGUCUCAGGAAACUGACACCAAUCCUGAGAUAUGAGUGGUAUUUCUAUCUGUUUGAGGCCACCCUUAUGCUCAUCAACUCUGCCAUCUGGAACAUAUGGAACCCCGGCCGGUAUCUUCCUCAAAACUAUCACGUUUACCUCGCACGAGAUGGCAGGACUGAAGUACAAGCAAAUGUCAAGCCUGAUGACAGGUCACUGUUACUCAAAAUCCUAUCGAUCUUCACUUUUGGUUUGCUGUUUCGUGCAGAUUCGACCGCCCACCCCACUAACGAGCAACAAUGUGGAAAUACAGAUCCCGGAUUACAAGGAAGCUACACGGUCGAUGACAGGCCUCUAAUGCAAAAGAUGAUAUGGAUUUUGAGCUUCGGUAUUUUGUUCCGUCCAAGACUACAACGUCGAACUACUGAGGAGCUCAGGCUUUAUCCUGUUCGAAGCCGUGAGGUCGUGGCCCCAGCUUGA